ACUGCUGACUGAACUCUGCAUUUUGGCAGUUUUCCCCCCCUCCAGAACCUUUUUCCUGCUGCUUCUUUCCCUCUCUGCACCUUUCAGUUUGCUUCCCCUUCUCUCUGCAAGUGUCUCCCUGCAGGGCAAAUUCCUUCAAGCUACUUUUUAACUCCAGGUUACUGUGGGAUUUAAACAUGCACGCUGAAGUUUGGGUGCAGCCCGUGCUCGUGCCGUUGGUUCUAAUUCUGCUGUCCCGCGCCCAGGACACAUUGUCGCAGUCGGCCGGCCAGGUGGCGGGCGUGUGUCGCCUGUCGGCCGACUCAUCCCUGCGCCGCUGCCGGACGCCCGACGGCAACAUCUGCAGCGGGAGGGGCAAAUGUGACUGCGGGGCGUGCGUCUGCCAGGCGUCAGAUCCAGGGAAAUUCUAUGGGCCUCGCUGCGAGUGCCAUGACUGGGUCUGUGCCACACACAAUGACAAAAUAUGUAACGAUCGGGGCUACUGCGACUGCGGGAAGUGCGAGUGCGACGACGGCUGGUUCGGUGAGGCCUGCCAGUUCCAAGAGGAGUGCAACCUGACCGGGAAGAAAAGCCGGGAGCUGUGCAAAAACCCACAGGGGGUGGUGUGCUCCAACAGAGGGACGUGUCACUGUGGCAGCUGCAUGUGCGCCGACAAGGACCACGCGGGCCUGGUGACGGGACACUUCUGCGAGUGUGACGACAGCGAGUGCCUGGACGAGGACACGGGCGAGGUGUGUGGAGGCCACGGCCAGUGUUACUGUGGAAACUGUUACUGUGCUGCCGGUUGGCAUGGAGACAAAUGCGAGUUCCAGUGUGACAUCAGCCCAUGGGAGAGCAAGCGGAGAUGCACGUCUCCAGACGGCAAGAUAUGCAGCAACCGAGGCACGUGUGUGUGCGGGGAGUGUAGCUGCUACGACGUGGAUCCCUCCGGCGACUGGGGGGAUAUUCACGGAGACACCUGCGAGUGCGACGAGAGGAACUGCCACUUCACGUACGACCGCUACUCCGACGACUUCUGCUCGGGCCACGGCCAGUGUCACUGCGGCAGGUGCGACUGCAAGGGCGGCUGGGCGGGGAAGAAGUGCGAGCACGCCCUCUCCUGCUCCAUGUCUCUGGAGAGUAGCCUGAAGAAGUGCCGGGGAACGUCCAGGCUGCCCUGCUUCGGACGAGGUCAGUGCCAGUGUGGACAGUGUACCUGCCACCCACCUGGGGACAGUCGAGUUCACGGCAAGAACUGCGAGUGUGACGACCGCCAGUGUGAGGACCUCUCCGGGGAGGUCUGCGGAGGUCACGGUUACUGCUCGUGCGGGCGCUGCAUCUGCCAGGAGGGCUGGUUUGGCAAGCUGUGUGGCUUCUCCAGGUCAUGUGACCUGAGCGACGACCAAAGCAAGGAGCUGUGCGAGACGUCGGACAACGUGGUCUGCAGUGGCAAAGGUUCCUGUCACUGCGGGCAGUGCAUCUGCACCCCCAAAGACUGGUGGGUGUCUGGGGAGUACUGCGAGUGUGACGACAGGGAGUGCGACAAACAUGACGAGUUGGUAUGCACAGGAAACGGGCUGUGCAACUGCGGCACUUGCGAGUGCUGGGACGGAUGGACCGGGAACGCUUGCGAAAUCUGGGUGGGGACCGAUUACUGAGACCAGAUGGCACCUCGGGAAAUAAAAAAAAUCAUCUUCACGUUGUGCAGAGGUCUGAAACAGGCGUGGGGAAGCUAAACAUGGACUGAAAUAACAGUUGUAUUUCUUUUGUUGUACUGGUUACAAUGUAUCUUUUGGAAAAUGGAAGUUUUGAUGCAAUUGUAUUCAUGAAGGAGCGCUUAUAUGCACAUGGCUACAGCGGGUUGGUGACAAAUCCAACCAUAAAUAAACCAUAAGAAUCAACCGAGAA